AAUAAAGUGAAAAGAAGGCAGGAGCUUUUCAGAAGCAUCACACAUGAUUAACGACGCCGUUUAGUAGUUGCCUCCAGUCCCAAGAGAAACCUCGCAGUUGCUUCUAUAAAGUUUCACUACAAAAAAUCCAGAUUCCAAUCAAAUUUCUCCAUAUCUCUGCAAGUUUGAUCUUCUUUGUCCGUAACUUUUCAAUUUCCAGGAAUUGACAAUGGCGACUGAACAACCAAAGCCAGCGGCUGAAGACGUGAAGAUGGAUCUAUUCGAAGACGAUGACGAAUUUGAGGAGUUUGCAAUUGAUCAAGAGUGGGAGGACAAAGAGGAAGGCAAAGAAGUAACCCAACAAUGGGAAGAUGAUUGGGAUGAUGAUGAUGUGAACGAUGACUUCUCUCUGCAGCUCAGAAAGGAAUUGGAAAGCAACACUGAGAAGAAAUGAGCUACAUUUGCACAUGUAUUCGGUUUCUUCUCAACAUUGGACCGCGUUAUUUCCAUUCUGGGUUCAGAUGUUUCCAUAUGUUUGUACUCCUUAUUUUACUGAUAAAACUUAGCUUUCACCCUUUUUGUUGACAGUAUGAGACUUGUGGCACACAAACUUAAAUCCAAUUCCUUGUGUUCUUAGCAAAA